CUUCUCACUUGGUGCCAGUGUUGACAAAAAGAAUGGAACUAUUUUCAUUUCCUUCCUCGACAGCAACACUGUGUGUGUUGACCGUGAUCGUUGCUGUGAUUCCGUUAUGGGCGGCGGUGAAGAUGGUGAACACGCUUUGGCUUAGGCCUAAGAGGUUGGAGAAGCUUCUGAGAGAACAAGGUCUUCGUGGUGACCCAUACUCUCUUUCACCUUCCACCUCCAACAUAAACCAUGCCCCACAAAACAACCGUCGAUCGCAAUCUUUUCUUGUCUCCGAUGAUGUCGCUCCUCGCUUGUCCUUGCCUUCUCACAACACUGUUGCCAAACACGGCAAGAAUUCCUUUCUAUGGGAAGGCACAACACCAAAGGUCAUAAUCACUGAUCCAAAUCAAAUCAAAGAGGUCUUCAGUAACAUUCAUGAUUUCCACAAACCAAAGAUAAGUGGCAUUGCAAAGUUCUUGUUCAAUGGUUUGAUACAUUACGAGGGUGAUAAGUGGGCUCAACAUCGAAAUAUUAUCAACCCUGCAUUCCACUUAGGAAAAGUGAAAAAUAUGAUACCAUCAUUUUCCCAAAGUUGCCAUGAUGUGAUCAGCGAAUGGAUGAGAAUGUUGUCAUCAGGUGGAAAAUGUGAGAUUGACGUAUUUCCUUCCCUUCAGAAUUUGACCCGUGAUGUAAUUUCUAGAACAGCUUUCGGAAGCAGCUAUACAGAAGGAAAAAAGAUAUUUCAACUUCUCAAAACUCAAGGGCGCAUUGUCAUGACUACAAAGUACAAGAACACACCAAUAAUACGGCAUUUACCAACACCUACCAAAAUGAAGAUGAGGGCAGUUGAUAAAGAAAUGAAAAAUUCAAUCAAGAAUAUCAUAAAAAAACGAGAGAAAGCCAUGAAGAAUGGUGAAUCCAACAAUGAAGAUUUAUUAGGAAUACUUUUGGAAUCAAAUCAAAUGGAAAUUCAUGGAAAUGGAAAUAGUAAGAGAGUUGGAAUGACUAUUGAAGAAGUAAUUGGUGAGUGCAAGUUAUUCUACUUAGCAGGGCAAGAGACAACUUCAACUCUUUUGGUUUGGACAUUGAUCAUGUUGAGUAGGUAUCCUGAAUGGCAAACACGAGCAAGGGAGGAAGUUCUUCACACUUUUGGAAAACAAAAUCCAAACUUUGAUGGGUUAAGUCAGCUCAAAAUUAUGACCAUGAUUCUGUAUGAAGUUUUGAGGUUAUACCCUCCUAAUAAUAUCUUUAACCGCACCAUUCAAAAGGACAUGGAACUUGGAAACCUGUCACUACCUGCAGGAGUAAAAGUUACAAUGCCAAUAAUUUUACAUCACCAAGAUGUUGAUAUAUGGGGUAAUGAUGCAUUGGAGUUCAAACCAGAAAGGUUUUCUGAAGGAGUUGCUAAGGCAACAAAAGGCCAAGAUGUGUUUUACCCAUUUGGAUGGGGUCCUAGAAUUUGCAUUGGCCAAAACUUUGCCUUGUUGGAGGCCAAGGUAGUGUUGUCAAUGCUUUUGCAAAAUUUCUCAUUCGAGCUAUCUCCGGUCUAUGUGCAUGCUCCUAUAGUUAUGUUUACUUUACAGCCAAAACAUGGGACACCCCUUAUUUUGCAAAAGCUAUGAUAAUUAAUCAUAUCUUGAACUGAAAGCAUGGUUUUAUGUCUACAAAAUAGUUUCAUUGUUGUAAGACUAUGCAUAUGUCACUUGGCUUAAUAUAUCACUUUAUUAGAUUACAUUUAUGUAACAUCAAUAUGUGUUUGUGUAAUUUGAUUGAAACUAUAUUUCUUUUAAGAAAUUGUAUGUUGUAAUGCAUGUGUUUGAAUAAUGUCUUUAUGGUUCAGUUAUGAAGGAUUAUUGGAUAAUGUACGAAAAAGUAUGUUAAAUAUGAGUUUCAAUGUAAUUUUUUUUUUUUUGAAAAUGAUACUUUAACACCUAUUAAUUUUUAUACCAAACCAUUUCUCUUAAAAAUUGAUGUGUUCACAACCGAAAAACAAAUACAACUAUUCUACAAUUAUGAUGUGGUUUAUUUUAAUAACUUUUUAAAAUUCAUAUGUGCUUGAGAGAAAGGUAGACCUAAGUCCUAAGUAGGGUGGGACGUGUCUUAAAAUUUUGUUUCAUCUUAGACUUUAAUUGAUCUACGGAGAGAUUGUUCUAAGUUUGAUUAAAGUGGUAUAGAUUAAUUGGGUCACUAACCCACUUAGUCUUGACUUUAAUAUAUAUUUUAUUUAUUUUAAACUAUUGGAUGUAUAGUUUUUGUUUUCACAUUAACAUUUUUGUAGUUACAUUAAUUAUUGUUCUAUCAUUAUAUAGAUAGUUACUUGAGGCUCUUGGAAAGGUAAUCGUGUGAUUGCGGGAUUCAACGUCUGUUUGCUUCUGUUCAACAUGCUUGCUACCUUCCAAAACCAAAAAAAAAA